GAUGACCCAAUGACCAAAGGUUAUAUACAGUACCAAGAUAAACUAGUUCUGCGAAGUUUACAUGUUUCCGUGCUGAUGGAUUUUGACUGCGAGUUCCAGAUAAGUGGUUGUCAGUCCUAUGUCGCUGUUCCAGGAAUGACUUGUACGAUAGAAAAGGUUUUGGCCGAUGCCAAGUCACUGGUUGAGAGACUGCGGGACCACGAUAAUGCGGCAGAGGUGCUGAUCGAACAGACCACCUUCCUGAGCAAGCGGGUGGAAGCUAUGAAACAGUACCAGGAGGAGAUCCAGGAGCUGAACCGGGCCGCCCGGCACCGGCCCAGGUCCACCCUGGUGAUGGGCAUCCAGCAGGAAAACCGGCAGAUCCGGGAGCUGCAGCAGGAGAACACAGAGCUGCGCACGUCGCUGGAGGAGCACCAGUCAGCGCUGGAGCUGAUCAUGAGCAAAUACCGCGAGCAGGUGUUCCGCCUGCUGAUGGCCAGCAAGAGGGACGACCCUGUGAUCAUCACCAAGCUGCAGGAACAGCACACCACUGAGCUCCAGGCCCACAUAGACAAGAUCCAGGAGAUGGCUGUGGUGAUGAAGAAGGCCAUCGAGCUGGACGAGGACAGGGUGUGCCAUGACGAGGAGCGGAUUGGACACCUGGAGCUGGAGAACCGGGGCCUGCGGGAGCUCCUGGGGAUCAGCCGGGAGGCGUUCCUGCUCCUGAAGGAGGAGGCGUCCGAGCCCACCUCCCUCUCCGGCCUGGUGACGAGCGCUGACCUGAGCCUGCGCAAGAGCUAGAGCCACGCCCCCACUCUCAGCCACGCCCCCUACACUCUCAGCCCACCACUCUCAGCCACGCCCCCACUCUCAGCCACGCCCCCUACACUCUCAGCCACGCCCCCACUCACAGCCACGCCCCUCACAAUUCACCACUCCCAUGUCAGAAGACACACCCACCCGAGGUGAAGUCCCACACACUCGGGCCAGGGGCGCACCCUGCAGUGCUGGGACCAGAGGACUGAAGUCUGCCUCCAGUCGAGCUCCACCCUGUCUGAUUCUGCCCACUCGCUCCAUGCCAGGAAGGCUGGCCUCCCACCAUACGUGGCUGUAAUGGGCUGGGACACCAUUGUAGUGGCUUCCAUGAACCAGAGAAUGUAUGGAGCUGUUAUGUACUGUAUAUUAGACACGGCAGGAUUUGAAUCGCGUGUUGUUUUCAUUGGUUCACAGGGGUAAUGUUGUAUCUCCACCCAGGGGAGUCUGUAUGGUUAUUAACAGUGAAAUGGUGGGAUCAGAUGAUUGCUAACAAUUUUACAUUCACAAAGUAUUUUUCUUACUUAUGAUGUGGAUAUUAUUCUUUAUGACCUCAGAGAGUAUCUUGUCUAUCUAUAUCUGAGUGUAAAACACAGAGAAGUAGGCCUCAGUCAUCACCAGUAAUGAACUUCAGGUCAACAUAACCUAGCCAACCUUACCGAAAUGUGGUUUUAGUAACAUUUAUGCCCUUUUCUCCAAACAGCUCUAUAGGCCUUUAGAGCACCAUACUGUAACCACCACCUGUACUCACCUCCAUGAAUCAAUACGAGCUAAAUUAAUUUAUUCAAGGGUUCAAACCCGCAUCCCUUUGUUCGGAGGUCUGCUGCUUUAACCUCUGCUCCACGUAUUCAUCCAGAGACAUGCACACAUGAAGAUUUCUCAUUCAGUCAUAUGCAGAGAGCCAGGUUAUCUGGUGCAAUUCUUUUUUUGUUUUGUUUGUUAAUGGAGCCACCCAGCAGCCUAAAGAUUUUAGUUGUAAAUGAGUAGUUUUGAUAAAUAUUCUUUCAAGGACUGCUACCCUACCCUGUAUUGAGCGCUGGUAGUUCCAGGCUGAUGAAUGCGUUGUGAAAUGUGUCAAUAAACUAGACCGAACGUGA